AAUAAUGUACGUUUAUGGGAUGAAGAAAUUAAAUGUCUUUUCCUUCGGAUAAGAAAUCCUACAUCAUCAUGCAUUGAUGAAUUUAUUAAAAAGAUUUUUGGAUAUACUCCAUAUUCUAAUGAAGGAAGAGAUAUUCAAACCAGAACAAAAAAAGCUCUAGGCGAUUUUCGCCAUAAAUUAAAUCAAUCAGUAAUAGAGCUUACUAAAGACUUUAAAAAUAAGCGAGAAAGAGAAGGCGUGACAACAUCUUUAUUAACUAAUAAAGAUCUAAAAAAUUUUAUUGAUGAAAAUGUAGUCAAUAAUCUCCUAAAAUGUUAUAUUUCAAGAACUAAUCAAUCUGAACUUCGAAAGUGUGGAUCACUAGCUAAGCUAGUAACUUUUAUUCGUGAAAUGUUCCGUAUUCAUUGGAGAGGAAAAAAUAUUAUCCAAGUUAAAAACUUGGAUAAUAUUACAAAAAAUAUGCAUGUACCUUCAAGAAGUGGCUUAAAUAUUGCUAGCAAACUUAAUAUUAAUUAA